AAAGACUGCGCGGGAUCUGCAGCUGUUCACGAUAUCCAACUAUCACAACUCCCUCGUUCAUCGUUCCGGGAGCUCUCAGACCCUAUCCCGGUGUUCUACUACGACUGGUCGGGCCGGAGCCCUAUAGACUUCAAGCGGACGGUCAAGCAACAAUUCAGUGCUUCGGGCACCGGACGAGCGCAGAUGGUUUUUAUGUGGUGGGAACUUAAUAUGGAUACUGAAGGUAGGAUAUGCCUUAGCUGUGCGCCAUGGUGGACCCACCCUGACGCGAAUUUAGCAGCGGAACGACCCCAAGAUUCUAUUCCUUGGCGCGACCAUUGGAUGCAAGCCGUCUACUAUCUCCCACGAGAAAUAACAUUAAAAAAAGACAGUGAAGCCACACUUAUUUCCUGCCAGGACGAAUAUUCUCUAUGGUUCUAUUUGGAAGACGAUAAUGUUAAACAAAGUCAUUAUAAAAGACCUAUUUGUGAAUGCGGCGUACACAUGGCUCUGUCUAGAACACACGUCUCAUAUUUGAACGAUGGAAAAAGAAGCAAAAAGUUUCUAAAUCAAUUAAAAGAAGAUUUAGUUAGGGAUGGCGUGGUUUUAGAUUUAAAUGGCAGCAGUUUCCUAGGUCUAGCCGCGGCGAAAAUGGGCGCGAAAAAAGUAUACAUUCUAGAGAAUCAAAAUUUGAAUGUUGGUUUUUUAAAUGACUAUGUGAAAGAAAAUAGCAUAGAAAAUGUGGUUAUAGUGCCAGAAAUAAGUGAUGAAAUUUUGAAAGAAGUGACAAAUGUGGUUGCUGAUCCAAAUUUCAGUAAUGCGAUAUUACCUUGGGAGAAUUUGAAGAUAGCAUAUUUAUUGUAUAGGUUUAGGAGUACGCUGGGUUCUCAUGUGUCGAUAUUGCCCGAGGGUUGCGAGUUUUGGGCGAUGCCGGUGCAGUUUUUGGACUUGCAGAAGAUUAGGAUACCGUUGGGGCGAUGUGAGGGCAUCGAUAUGACGAUCUUUGAUGAGCUUUUUGAGAAGUCCCGCGUGAUAAGCGACGCCGAAGUGGAGCCCCAGCCGCUGUGGGAGUACCCGUGCCGCUGUCGCGGGGCUCCGAGGAAGCUACUGGAUAUCAACUUCGGACAUUUGCAAGCCACUUAUGCGGUGAAUGAUGCCCAUCCAUUGACAGAUACAGAAAGUGAGGAAAAGCAAGUAGUGAACGGAUUCGCGAUAUGGGCAGUGUGGAGAGUGGGCGGUAAGGAGCUCAGCGCGGGGCCCGCCGCCUGGCCCGCGCUGGGGGGCUGGGUGCAGUGGGACAUGCACACGAGGCAGGCGGUCAAGAUAUUGAAAAGGGCCCACGAAGUGAGCUCAGUUGACAAAUGGAGCCACCAGGUGGCGUGUGACCUCGAACGGGGACAGUUCGACAUAGAUGUCAAUUUAGUACUCAAGGAUGAAUUCUUUUAACACUUCUAUUGUUGUACUGUUUAUAACUCUAUGCCUCUGUUGA